UAACGUGGAGCGGUUGUGUGCGCGCUCGUGUCGACUUUUGGCGAAAUAUUUCCUGCUCGUUUCGUUAGUGGACUUUUGUUAGCUCUUAACGGUCUACCAAUAAUUGGGUGUCUGUGUAAUUUCAAAAAGGUAUUUCAAUCGAUUGGAGUGGAUUUUUGCAGUGAAGUUAAAAAAAAGUAUUUAAGUGUUCAAAUUGUGUUGCAAAAAUAUUUUAAAAAAUAUUAAAAAUAAAUAAACACAACAAAGAAUUUUAAUUACUACUAAACAAUCACCAGGCAAACACCAGUAACAACUUUAUAGUUGCAGAUAACAAAUGAAAAUAUAAAUUAAUAAUAUAUUUCCUCCACUGGCUAAUGCUUAUGCUUAAUUAAAGUGUGCAUCGUUGAAACCUUCACUGCAAACUACAGCAAUAACAUACCAGACACAAAUGACGUCUUUAUUGGUGUUGGGAAAUUUGCCGUAAUAAAAAAGCUGUAGGCAGACUAGCAGAAGACGCGACUGCACCGACAGCUUCCGGCUUAAAUUACUUGAAUAAGGUGCGUUUCCUUCAUAAGUGAAGUUCUUAAUUACCAACUUGUCGCCUUUUAAAAGCCAACUAACCAACUGACCGCAGACCCCACCACGAGCCAAAGCAAUGUCAACGACUUCGGUUAAUAUUUAGGCCAAAGAACUGAACAACAGCACCGCAUGUGAGAGUGGCUCGUGCUUGCCAAAGUGAAGACACCUGUCAGCACCUAAUUUUUUUGCAUUACUUUCUGCUUCUACGAAUUAUGCAGGCCUUGCUUAAAGUAACAUAAUCACCAUGGGCUUGGCGUAAACAAACGCAUUAAAUACAUACGAAUAAAAUAUACACCUGCACAUUUAAGUGUAUAAACCCCAGCUUGGUAUAAAACCCCAGCCUGUCGCUUUCUUUUGGCCUCCGUUGCCCCGCCGUUGACGCACAACAUUAGAGCUGUUCCAACAUCGGAGUGGACUAGCUGGUGAGCUCCGCUUUUGGAGCGUAUGGGUAAAACUCAAGUACAGAUUUUCGCGCAUACGGGGAAUAUUUCUAUGGACGAAAAUGGAUUACACUAAACGUUUUCUAUGGCUUUCCGGCAUUUUAUUAGGUCCAAUUUUACUUGCAGCCUUGACGUUACAAGAUGCCGCCAGUCCAGUGUUUCAAAAUCACAAAACGAAAGAGUGGACGAAUUUAGAUAAUAUCACAUUCUCUUUUGAUUGUACGCAUCGACCGGUUGGCUUCUACGCCGACAUGGAGUACAAUUGUCAGAUCUUCCACAUGUGCGAUGAGGAGGGCAAUCGCAUACCGCACUUGUGCGCCAACGAGACUUCCUUCAAUCAGGAGUAUCGCAUCUGUGAUUGGGACUACAACUUCAACUGCACUGAAUCGCCGAAAUGGUUUUAUUUGAACGAACUGACGUACGCCACAGAGCCGCCUGACGAGGAUGAAGACUAUUAAAGCACCAUCCGCUACCCAUCACCCACCAACCAACUACAACACUUACAACCCCAACUCUCCCAAAAACACCCCAAUCUGCUCCGCUUGACAAGUAAUUUGCUAAGUGGAGUAAUUGUAUUUAUAAAAUUUGUAAUUUUUUGUAGUUUUUUAUGACUAAACUGUCCUAAUAUAUAGUGUGUGUGUAUAAAAAGUUAAUAGAUUUACGAACAACCCAUUUGAGUGUCGCAUAUUUACGCUCUUACUACGAUAAUUAAAUGAAUCAUUAGCAUUAGUGAUUUCCCUUAUUUAUAAUUUUUGUAUAUGUUAUUGUAAAAUUUUAAAGAAAAUGUAUGUGUUUACAUAUAUUUAUAUAUGUAGUUGUAUAUAUGUAUGUACCUAGAAGCAUAGUAAUAAAUCUAAUUUAUACUGUUGAUUUCGUAGCGAUAUUUUUAUCAUAAUGUUUGUGUGCAGUAUCCUGCUAUUAUAUUCCAAAUUUUAAAAACACAUUUGUAAUUAAAAUAAGUAUUUUGUUUUUGGCUUUUUUUUAAUGCCAAUGCGACCUAAGAUAAAUAUAGCAAAAAUUAUUGUUAAAACAACCACAUCGAUCUAUGAAUGGAUAAUAAAAUUUUGUAAACAACAAAACAACAAACGCCA